AUGUCCGAGCCAUUUGAUCACCUCUCUGGUGACCUCGAUUAUUGGAUGGGACUCGACCUCCUGGAUGCUUGCUAUGAUCCGAUGCCUGUUGGCAUGGAUCUUGGCGGGCGCCCGCUGCUCGUUGUGCCACCGUUUGUGCCUCCCAAUAUUGCCAAGAUGCAAGGGGGAUGGCAAGACAUUGAAAAGAAUCCGACGGACUUCAAUGUGCCACCUGAUACUGACGCCGCCAACUUUUCAGGGCCACUUGUUGAAAGUGAUUCCUCCCCCGGGACAACGGGUGAUGGAUUGUCUUCGAGUGACUACAAGAAGCAACAGUUAGUGAUUUUUGACCAAGUCACGCAGUACGAUGAACUGAUAAAAGUAUAG